AUGUCGUUGUAUCCAAACCGCCAUCGCCUAGCUCUCUUCUCCCUCAAGCCAUUGAACGAACAAGCCAAAGAGGUCGUCAAUGAUCGUUACAACCGUCACCUUACUUCAAGCUUGCCUGAUGGCACACUCGUCCUUGACAUUGGCUUCCAGAUACGGUCAAAGUCAAAUCAAAAUCGCACACUUGCAACACUAGGACGUGGCGAUGCGGACAUCUUUGUAGAUGGCAUCACUAUCGCCAAGAUCCAGUGCUCUUUUGAGAUCGAGCCGGCCACCAAUGUGAUUAUGCUCUACGACAGGUCCCAUGGUCAAACAACCCAGGUGUUUGGCGACGAUGCUAAGCCAUUCGAGCCUGGGCGUGUUCGUCAAGUAGUUGUUCAGAAGGGCUUGAACAGUCGUCUGGGGAUGGGCGGCAGAGCACAGAAUACCGUCCAAUUCGAGUUUCUGUGGUAUCAAGAUUUCCCCGAAAUGGUGGAGAUAAUCAAAGAUCGAGAGUCUAUCAUGAAUGACUGCGAGGAAGAUCCCCGCCUGGCUCGGACGGCUGAUGACUUGGAAACGGUUUUACCGUCUCGAAUGCAGACCAGAAUCCACACUGCCGGCCCUCAGCAGCUGAAGAUGAGAUACAUGAAGUUUGGAAAACUUGGAUCUGGACAGUUCGGAGCUGUAUACAAGGUUCUCGAUGUCGACACCGGCAGGUUCCUCGCUGUCAAGCUAUUACAACGACCUGAGCGACCUUCAGAAGAGGCAGGGUGGAGGAAGUUAUUGAAACGCGAGAUCGAGACUUUGUCUCGGAUUAGCCACCCGCACAUCAUUGAUUAUAUCACCUCACAAGGCUGGGAAGGGCCGUCUGCGGAGAUAUUUAUGGGGCUCAAGGACGGCACACUUGAAUCUUUGAUCCUUAAAGGUGAAUCUCUGCCCGUACACAGGGUCGCCAAAUUGGCCUUCUUCCAGAUGCUUCAGGCGAUAGACUGCCUGGCGGUGAACGGUAUUGUCCAUCGAGAUGUAAAGCCGGAAAACAUUCUCUAUACCGCACUGCCGGAUGGCCAAUACCGGUUCCAACUCGGCGACUUCGGUCUAUGCAACCGCAUUGUUAGUGCUCAGAGUUCUGUUGGGACCCCGUUGUACACGGCCCCGGAGGUUUAUGAACAUGGAGCCCAGACACACAAGAUGGAUGUCUGGUCCCUUUUUGUAACGAUCGCAUGGACAGUAGAUUUUGAUGGACUUCGCCAAAAUUUACACCGCUUUACUUCCCUCUCGGAGGCCCGCCAAGCCAUCUUCGCCAUGACAACAAGAAUUGGAGAAAUCAAAGAAAUGGCGAGAGUCGACCCUGACGAGCGCGCCUCCGCAGCACAGAUGCUGGUCAAGAUCUUCGACGGAGAAGGCCUUUCAACUCAACGGAGUCGAGUUCCACCACUCACUCCAACAAAGCCGGAAACCACAACCCAGGCCGAGUUUCACCCACGGCCCAUGCCUCCAGGGCCCAUGGACUACCGACCGGACCAGGGUAUACAAAAAGUUCCAAGACCGGCCAUGAAUCAGGUCCGUGUCCGUAAGUCGAGUAACCCGCAGACUCGAAUACCGGGGCCGAACACCAUAGCUCCUAGGCCUCGAGCAAAGAAGCGUCGGCUUCCCUCCAAUGCUGAACACCUUGACUUUUUACCUGGGUUCCGUGUGCGGCCGCCACCAAACUACUAG